UUUUGGAGAGACGGAAAGCGUCGAUUUUCGCGUCGACUUGUGUCGCUGGAAACCGGGAAAAAUUGCGAGAGGUUUGUGCCGGUUUCGAUUUUUCGAUGUGGCAUUGUGGAAAAAAAUUUGUUUGUAUUAUCGAUGUGAAUUAGUGUAUUGAUUGGUGUGUGUGUUGAUUCGCAAUUUUAAAAGUUUAAAGACCUUAAGUUUUAUUUGUUUGUUGUGAGUAAUAUAAAAGAAUUUUAUCAGACAAAAACAGAAUGCAGCGAACCGGCCUACCAUGGUAUUCCAGAAACAAUGCUUUUCGUAAAUAAAGUACAGUACAUAUCGCUUUGACGUACAAUAAAGACACCUUAUUAAUAAGUGCAAAAAGUCAAAGUGGCAAUAAAAGCAAGAAUCAGAAAAAACGAAGAACUAAAUUUCAAACCGGCAAAAAUGUUCAAUUUUGACAGUUCACACGCGGUUACGUCAGAAUGUGACGUGGCAGAUCCUGGAUACAACGGAUUGAAGGGAUUCGAAGCCCAAGGAAACGCCCGACAUUUCACAGUGAACAAUCUGUUAAGGCUAGGCCACAAGAGACGUACUUCAGAUGAUGCAGAAUCAGAGGAUUUCAACACCAACGACAAAUUGAACAAAAAACCUCGAAGGAACAGAACAACUUUUACAACAGCUCAACUUGCAGCGUUAGAAAAAGUUUUCGAAAAAACUCACUAUCCAGAUGCUUUUGUAAGAGAGGAUUUAGCUUCCAAAGUUAGCUUAAGCGAAGCCAGAGUACAAGUCUGGUUUCAAAAUAGACGAGCCAAAUUUCGUCGCAACGAGCGAAGUUUAUGUCUACAAACCAACUCUCCUUCCAAGUUGUCGUCCAGCUCGCCCUCGCCUGUAGGGGUGCCUUUAAUAGCGGACGCGCACAAUAUGGAAAAGACCAGUUUCCAUUAUCAAACGCAUUCGUCGCACAACGGAUCAGAUUUUCAAUAUAUAAUGCCUUGGAAAUGUGCCUAUCCUCAAUAUAAUCACGAAAAUAUAUACAGUAAUAACGUUAACAGUCAGAAUUGUGGUUUAUUCUCUUCAAAUCCCUUCAGUUACAGUGGUUUAGGUGGUAAUGCCGUGUGUAAUAGGUUAGACGUAUCUAGCUUUCGGUACAGACAAGAUUAUAAUUUAUAAUAAAUAUUGUUGUUUUUUGGAA